UCGUGGCCUCAAUGUUUACUCGGGUGUAUUUAUCAUGCAGGAAGUAAACUACACAUUAUGAGGUCUCACCUGACAACCCAGGUAUAGGAAAACGGAUUCGAGGAGGGACAGCCCUGACACAAAGAACACUGCUGUCAAUGGCGGCCCUUCCUAGCGCAUCAACGAUUCUGCUUGCAGUUAGCCUCAUGAAAGGUGUUGAGGGGGCAGUGACAGUAUCCGGGUCAGGAGGUACAGGGAUACCCAACCAGCAGGAUCUGACACUGAGAUGCAACUACACUGUGACAUCAGGGGAUGUUGUUACUACGUACACAUGGAGGAAGGGGGAGGGCCUCUCUGCAGUGCAGGUAGCCACUGGAUCAGUGAUUGCUCAGACAGCUGUGUUCGUUGACUCCUGGCAGAACAAGGGCGUGUUUGUUGGUGACUUCACCUCCUCCCUUGACAUCCAGCUGCCUGCCAGUCACGUGACAUCCAGCUAUGCCGGGACAUACAGGUGUGAAGUGAGUGGGGUGUCAGGUUCUGGACAAGUGAGUGUCACUGCGUCUGUGUUGUCUGUUCCAUCAAUAUCUGGCCUGCCUUCCACCUACACAGUGGUCAAGUCAUCCCGUAAUAGGAUAGACUGUAGUACCUACACCACACCCGGCAACCCUCCAACAACAAGCUACACCUGGACCUAUGGUGGUUCUACUGUCAGUACUGGGGCUGUACUUGAUAGAAGCAACAUCAGCAGGAGUCAGGGAAGAAACUACACCUGUACUGCCAGCAACACUCAGGGGUCUGACUCGGCCUCAGUCAAUGUGGAUGUACAAUAUGCUCCUUCUAUAUCUGGACUACCAACAGUGCAGAAUGUCUCAGAGUUCUCUAGCCUAAGGAUAGACUGUAGUACCUACACCACACCAGGCAACCCUCCAACAACAAGCUACACCUGGACCUAUGGUGGUUCUACUGUCAGUACUGGUGCUGUACUUGAUAGAAUCAGCAUCAGUAGAAAUCAAGGAGGAAACUACACCUGUUCUGCCAGCAACACGCUGACACCAAGUGGGGGAUCUCAACAACAGGGGACAGCAACAGCACAGAUCAAUGUGGAUGUGCAGUAUCAGGCCAGUAUAAGUAUGUUCACCGCCAAUUCACUCAGCGGCACACUGACAGUUAACGAAUCUGAUUCAGUGACCUUGAGAUGCCACAUUGAUAGUUACCCAAGGUCAAUCAUCAGGUUACUGAAUGGAACUGAGGAGUUGACAAGGGCAGAUAACUCCCUGACAGCAGAAUAUAGAUUGGAGUCAGCAGACUGUAGACAAAGAGGGAACUACUCCUGUACUGCCACUAACAACAUCGGGGCACCUGUCAGUCAGAGGGUGGAGUUGCUGGUCAUUUUUCCCCCUCGACUUGAUGAAUCAGUUCCCCAGCAACUCAAAUACGCCGCUAAACUGGGUGGUAACGUGACUGUGUCUGUAUCAGUCCUGGCCUUCCCCCUUCCUACAUUCACCUGGAGUAGAACCACCAGCACCAGCCAGGACCUCACUGGUUCCUCCAGCCCUGUCUCAGACAUCUCAGUCACUGCCAGACUACACCUUACUAACCUCCAAAAGAAGGACUUCGGGGACUACAGUCUUACAGUGGACAAUCGUGUAGGCCGGUCGGUGGCAUAUACUGUCAGUCUAAAGGUCGAAGGGCCUCCGGGGACACCUACACAGUUCAAAUCUCUAGAAAAUGUAACAACGUCUUCGGUGUGGUUGUCAUGGCAACCUGGGUUCAAUGGUGGACAUCCCCAGUCUUUCAUGCUUGAAUAUCUUCAGUUUGUUACAAGAACGUGGACCCCGUACAACACGUAUGAUGACACUGGCAAGGUGAAAGUGGUGGAAGUGACGGGCCUAACGUCAGGAGAUAUUCACAUUUUCCGUCUGCAUAGUAGAAAUUCCUUGUCUAACAGUUCAUCUUUCGUCCUUGUGGAAACUGUGACUGCUGGGGAUCCUACAGACCAUCAGCAACUCGAUGCUACUUGUACAGAAGACAUCGUGGGAUCAACUGUAGGAACUCUGCUUCUUGCCUUGUUCAUUGAAGGAAUUGUUGUGAUGGUCCUCUACAGAAAGGGUUUCAGGUUCGGACAUGCCAUGAAAGGAACUGCAUCACCAAAAAGCACCAGUCGAGCUGAAGAUACAGAAAUGGACAACAUUGGCUAUUCUUCCUUGGAUACGAUCAACAGUCCGGCUCAGUACACAAGUUUGGAGGAAAAGGCACAAGAUAAACAAAAUUACUCACAGCUGAAGAUUUAUGAGAACACGAAAGAAGAUGCUCCAGCAGAUACGAGUACCUAUGAAGGCAUGGCAGAGACUCCCCGUGUGACCUAUGAAUCCAUCAACGCAUCUCCGCACCAGGACAGUGGCGGUCAACCUCGUGAUGCUGACUAAGGAAAUAUAUGAAGAGGCAACAAUCCAUGCAAUGGCAUCAUCUUUCCAGUAAUGGAUCAUGGAGCGCUUGAUGUGUUGCUUUUCUUGGAUAUAUACACUCAUUGCUUGUUGACUUUAUCCAGGACAGGGAAAUCCUUCACAUUUGUGUUGCUGUUGGGUCACCCACGUGAAAGAGGAAUACUCAACACGUGUUGGCUUUUGAUCAUGUAUGUUUACAUGUAGCAUUCCUCUUUCAUUGUAAAAUUCAGAUUACGUGAAAAGUUCAUGUUUACAUGAUAAUGUAAUACAAGUCGAACUUUAUAGAUUGGAUUGAUAUAAAAAUAGCUCAAUAAAACUGUCGAUCGGAUUAUAGACUACAGAGUCCACACAUAUAUAUAUAUACCUGAUUUUUUUUCGCUUUGCUUUAUGCUGAUGAUACAGCAUUAUUAGCGUCCACUGAUGAUGAACUGCAGAAAGAACAAUUUAGAUAUGUUUAGUGAAUACUGUCAUCAAUGGAAACAUGUCCGCCAUGUCAUUAAACAAUAGGUCAUUGUUAACCCUAGAUUAUGCUAUGUUCAUAGCAUUAAGUGAAUAAAGUUAUGUUCUGUUGUUAA